AUGAAGCGAAGAGUGUUGCGUGCGCACACCAACAAGCGUCGACUGCGGUUGCUGAGCGCCGAGCACAGUCUGCGCCUGGACGCGUACAACAUUCUCUGCGACGCCUCGUUUUUGCGUGCAGUGGCGCUUGCCAACAACAACGGCGGCAGUAAUGGCUCUGCGCCGGCGCAGGCACUUAAGUCGCUCAUGUACGACACCUUUGCUGCUGCGACAUCGCAUGUGACGCAGGAGACUGGCGGCGGCGGCCCACAGGAAAGGAAAACAAAAGAGGUGCUGAGCCUUUCGUUGUGCUACCUGCCAGAAACAGCCACAGCGCUUCGCCGUAUGGUGCAUCAACAGCCCCACUCCCAACAUCAACAGCAGCAGCAGCAGCAAAGGGAAAAAAAAUUGCCUGCAGGGAAGCUGUCGGGAUCCGCGGCGCCAAAAGGAAAGGGCCGGGCAGUGAGUGAGGUGGCGGAGGCGUUGUUGGCGGGGUUGGAGUGCGUCGGCCGUGACAGUGCUGUCGCGAACCGCAACGAGGCCAAGGCGAUUGCGCAGUUUGUCACAGGGGCUGCAACGACAAGGGAAGGGGGUGAGGACAGACCAUACAGGGGCCACGAACGGAAGAAUGCCCACUUUUUCUUUGUCGCGACGCAGUCGCACGAUACGCGCCGGCUGCUGCCAGGGAAUGCCGCUCUCCUCCGCCUCACUACAUCACCCACGGCGCUGUGGAUUGAAAAGAACGGCGACGCGUUUCAAUACGAUGACGCAAGUAGUGGCGGCUCUAGGGCUGUACAGGGCCACGNUGUGGAUUGA